UUCCUUCUCAUGGUCAUAUACACAGAUGCAGAUCUCGAAGGCAAUGAAUGGAGCCAGGACAGAGACACAUCAGGAUCUCAUUGGUUGUGGAGGAGUGGAAGUGAAUUCCUUGUUUUGACUUGGCAACGCGGGAUGGGAUGACGCUGAGCCGGAGCUCCCGUGACCCACCAACCCUGACAGCGUGCCCUAGCACUCACCUUCUUUGGGACAUGAUGUCAUUCCUAGCGUACCCUGCUCCAGGAGUUAAUGUUUGUAUACUUUUGUGGUGGCUGUGGUAUACAGCAAGAACUUACAUGAUAUUGUGUCUAUUCACAAAUAAGAGGCUGAAGAUAGUUGGUGCGCGGGUCCUGCGUCAGGUAAGAUGUUUGGUUUGAGGCACUAUAGAACUUCACAUGAUGGGUAUCGUUGAAGACACUAUGAUGAGAAACAAAA